UUUUAUGGUUGUUGACUUCAUUCACCAGAAAAGUUUCAAUGUAAUGGAAAACUUAUAUAUUGAUAUCCCGAAUGGCUCCGGGAAAGCGCGUGAUGGGAAUCAUGAGACAAAACUCCAUGUCUGCUCUUUGACAUCCAGGAUUUGAUCAAUACCGGUGUCUCAUGACAAUUCCAAGCUGCCAGCCAUUCAGGAAUAUUCUAGAUGACUUCAGUGUUAGACCGCUUCAAGUGAACUGCGUUGGCAUGCCCCAAACACAUACUUUCACACUUUGAGUCGACCAGCCUGAGAAUUUGUACGAAUUCAAAACUCCAAAAUGCUUCUCAACAUUGGUUUGGCUUUGUGUUUCUUUUCCAGCAGUUUCUCAACAGCAAGUGGGCUGAACCUGCAAAAAUACAAGGUGUUGGAAAUGGACAACAACGGAACUCUCUAUCUUUACAGAUCUUCACUGCUAUGUGUGAACGAGAUCAUCAAACGACUGACUGAAGGAAAAUACCAGCUGGCUGAACCGAACAGGUUACUAGGACUGUCCAAAAACUUCGCAGCAAUGAACUGUCAAGACCUUACGCUGAAAGCGCCAUCACUCGUGUCAGGCGUCUAUUGGAUAGACCCAGAUGGUGGUUCCCAUGCUAACGCAUUCCAGACCUACUGCGACCAACAGACGGACGGUGGAGGCUGGACACUAGUUUGGAGUUACACGUUCACUGCUUACUUAAGUUUCACAAGUAGCGCAAACGCUGUCACGCCGCGUCCAAGCUGGACAGCCAGUGGAGCUAACACUCGAGUGUCUACAACAGCUCCACUGAGUGAGACACAUUACGAGGCCAUGGACUUUGCUUUGUGGCGCACCAUUGGCAAAGAAUUCCUGAUCAAGAGUAACAUCAACAACUGGAUCGCAUGCAAGGAAGACACUGGCAGCUUGGUGCAACUGAAGGACGGGUCAAUCACUUGUAGAGUGGUUAAACAGAUUUCCAAGCAGUGUGCUGGUGCGGUGCCGAACGUGGUCCGUUUUUACAACAGGGGACCGGGUCUCAACCGAGGCAGUCACUACUACUACUUCGAUAGUGACACGAGUAGUGACUGGCCUACCCAUGAUCCAUGUGGAACAAACGCGGCAAAUCAGUUAAAAGAUGUGAGUUAUCCACAUGGAAAUAUUUUUGUUCGCUAAAGAGUUAUUAGUAACCGCUGACUUCAUUAAAAACCUGCUUUUUGAAUUGUUUUAAUGGCUUUAAUAUACAAAAGUAAAUACUUAAGGCAUUAAUUAGUGUAAGCGUAAACACAAGUCUUAAAUCUGUUAGAAGAACAAUUGUUUUUGUAAGACCCAGUAAAGGAAACGGAAUGUUAUUUCGGUUUAAUUUCAUUUUGAAUACGUUUCACAGCAUUAAAGGUCAUCUUGUGACGUCAUGGCGAAACGUGACAUACUUACUACGCCAGGAGUUAAAUGUUUUCAUCGGAUGACAAUGUACAACCACAGGUAUCUCAAGCUCCUGUCGAGCCGUGAACAUUACUAUGUAACAUUGCGUAACAGCUUAAAUAUAAGAGUUUGUAUGGAAAUGUAAUGAUUCUAUGUGACAGUUCGAAAUAUGGAGAAGAAAUUGAAUCAAAGGAGACCUAUGGCCAAACUCGUGGAUUAGGUAAUCUAGAAUUGAAACAUAUUGGUGAACUUGCAAUUACUGGUCUAUUAUCAAAUGCUGUUAAAACAAGCCGGGUUUGUACCAUGCAAGGUCGCAAUUAACUCACAAAGUGUAGGCUUUUUUCGUUGGCUUUUUUUUUU